AUGGCUCCCAACGACCAUCCGCUGCCGGAUGACAAUACCAAAAAUGAUGGAGCAUCUGCGCCCACCCUCUCGCUGGAUUUGCCUCCCCAACUACCUCCGCUCGCCCCGUUCUCAUCAGAACCCGCCCAGGACCCGAACCCUCCUGUCCAUGUCCAGUCCGAGACCGCUCCUCACGACAACACGAUAACUGACGCGACGGAUGUGAAACCUGCUGCCGGCAACGAGAGCGUGGAACCGGUCGCUUCUCCCCAAGUCAGCGAACCGAAUGCUCUCAGCGAACUGAAUGCUCCCCCGACAACCCAAGCUCCCCCGACCACCCAAGCUCCUGCCGAGGAGUCAAACGAACCCAAAACCCCCGAAGUCGCUCACGAGUCAACGUCGCCGGUCUCCGAAACCUCGGCGAAGGAAGACGAAGAUUCGGGUCCGUCGUUGUUGAUCACACUCCUGUUGAUAACCGGGGCCCGGCAUCCGUUCAAGAUCGAUGGAAAAUACCUUCGCAAACAGUCCGUCAAUGUGGAAAACAACGAUCCCUUCGCCAUGAGCGUCUACACCCUGAAGGAGCUCAUCUGGAAGGGAUGGCGACCAGAAUGGGAACCGCGACCGGCUUCGCCCACCUCGAUCCGAUUAAUUUCGUUCGGAAAACUCCUCGACGACAAAGCACCCCUGUCUGAUUCCAAAUUCAACCACGACGCUCCCAAUGUUGUCCAUAUGACCGUCAAGCCUCCAGAGGUUAUCGAGGACGAAGACACCAAGGGAACCAAGGGACAAUAUCCGCGCGACCGAGAGGGCAGUCAACGGAGCCCCGGUUGCCGUUGUGUCAUUCAAUAA